CCCUCUCCUGCAUGAAGCUGCAGUAUAUGAGAGGGUCUCCUGGGUCCAGCUUCACUGCAGUGUAGAGAAAGGCACAGCGUCUGUUUCAGUACGAUGCGAUAAAGGAUGGUGCACCAAGAGAAACGCAUUUACCAGGCCCAGAGGAAUGAGAGAGAGUGCAUCAGGCAGAAACUCGCCCUUGGCAGUUUCUAUGACGACGAGCCCGUCAUCUACACCAGCUGCAGCAAGAAUGGUCCUUCCUCUCGGCUGCAGCAGAGUGGGGUGAACCUGCAGGUGUGCUUCGUCAAUGACAGCAAUAGUGACAAAGACAGUGAUGCAGAGGACAGCAGGACAGAAACCAGUCUGGACACACCGUUGUCACCUGUGAGCAAGCAGAGCUCCUCAUUGUCAGACCGUGACACAGCGGAGGAGGACUCAGACCCGUUAGAUGACUGCAGCGGGUUCUGGCAGGUGCAGCGGAGACUGCAGGAGGAGGCCAAAGUGGCUCUGGCUCUGGCUCGACCCAUGGCUCGCAUGCAGGUCGAGGUGGAGAGGCAAAUCCAACUGCACAGACGUUCACCAGUGGCUGACUUGCUUCCCCAUUUGCCUCACAUCAACGAGGGCUUGAUGAAGAGGACUUUGAGGCGAGGAGACAUGAGAGACAUGAGUCUUGGACAGCUGCAAGUCAUCACAAACGACUUACACUCACAGAUUCAGAGUUUAAAUGAAGAGCUUGUGCAGCUGCUGCUGAUGAGGGAUGAGCUGCAUGUGGAGCAGGACGCCAUGUUGGUGGACAUAGAGGACCUCACCAGGCACGCUCACAGCCACCAUCGUCACCAGGCAGAGAAAUCUCUCUCGAAAUGAAACACCCACGCCACCCCCCCCCCCACCCAACAUGUGUCCGUCUGCACGUCAUCCGCCCUGCUGCACCAGUGUUACUCAUGUAACUCCAUCUGUGCUGUUCCUAAAGAGCUGAAUACGGCACAAAUAGUUAUUAUCACAUACGCAGUUGUGUUGCACUAUACAGGAUGUUGUUGAAGGGCAGAGGAGAGCGCUGCUUUCACACACAGCUGGGGUGGUGCAGGCUUUUCACUUCCACUCAGCAUGAUUAAUCACAGCACAUUCCAGAGAAUGGAAACUCUUGACUUAGUUCCAUCCCCAACACUGAUUUACCUCUUGAUUGAUUUUGCACAGUACACUCAUGUAUGCCAGUGUGGACUCAAAAUGAAGAAGUGUCCAGUCUUCUCUACAUUGGCCCCCGUUCACCAGUUUCACUAGAAGCACUGUCAUCACCUUUUAGCACGGGAAUUUACCGUCUGAGCAACACAAAACAAACAAAGGAAUAAAUAACAUGAUGCAGCUUAGCUUCACCGGUCUUGAAAAGAUCAUACUCAAUUGGCUGUGACAGUUUCCACCAACCUGCUUUAAAUGCUGUAUGUAUUUAAAAAAACAAAAAACAAAACUUGAGCGUUUUGGAAACAUUUGUAUUCGUCAAAUGCGGUGGUGACACUAGAUACUCAACCAAAUGAGACGUGGGUUCAAAAAUGAUUUGGGCUCCACACAUAGAGAAAGAGACUGAGGAAGCAUAACUGAACGGCAUGCUGACAUGAACAGCCUCUUAAUAAAAAUAUGCAACUAUGUGAUUUUUGCUAUGCUCAAUUUACCAAUGCUCAUCAAAGUUGAACAUGAAGAAAAAAUAAAAGUAUAAGACAAAUAUAUUAAUAACCUAAAAUAAGCUAUAUCUAUUUUGUGUGUUUAAAAGGUUUAUGGACAUACCGUAUGUAAAUGGUGAACUUUAUUGAAAGGACAAGCCUUGUCGUCUCUCUGUGUUUAAGUGUGUUCACUAGAAGCUUUUCAAGAAUGUCAAUCAAUCAACACAAAGGGAUCUUUCAAUUCCUAUUGUUUGCUCCAUGAAUUGCUCUGUCAACGUUCCGUAUAAUGAUUGUAUAAUGAUUGUAAAAAAUAAAAAGGAUAAAUAAAUGUU